CCAGAACUUCAUCCCUUGGUGUCAGCGAGGAUGCUGUGGGUUACCUUGCUGAGCACCAUAGCCUUAGGAUGGACCACCCCAAUCCCACUACUAGAGGACUCCGAGGAGAUCGACGAGCCCUGCUUCGAGCCCUGCUACUGCGAGGUCAAAGAGGGCAUCUUCCACGUCCACUGUGACAGUAAAGGAUUUACAAAUGUCAGCCAGAUCUCCCAAAUAUGGAGCCGGCCCUUCAAGCUCAACCUGCAGAGAAACUCCAUGAGGAAGCUUUACUUUAACAGCUUCCUCCAUCUCAACAAUGCCAUAUCUAUUAAUCUGGGUAACAACGCCUUGCAAGAUAUCCACGCUGGUGCAUUCAAUGGCUUAGGAAUACUCAAACGGCUGUUCCUACAUGAGAACAAACUAGAAGUUUUCCGGAAUGACACUUUUCUUGGGUUGGAGAGUUUAGAGUAUCUUCAGGCGGACUACAAUGUUAUCAAAAGGAUUGAAAGUGGUGCAUUCAGGCACCUUCACAAAUUGAGAGUACUCAUACUAAAUGACAAUCUGAUCCCUGUGCUCCCAAAUUAUCUUUUCCGGUCUGUGUCACUCACACAUCUAGACCUAAGAGGAAACCGACUAAAGACAUUGCCGUAUAAGGGCAUGCUGGAGUAUGUUGGGCGGAGUUUAAUGGAAAUCCAGCUGGAAGAGAACCCAUGGAACUGUGUGUGUGAGAUUGUUCAGUUAAAAACAUGGCUGGAGAGAAUCCCUUAUACAGCUCUGGUGGGUGAGAUCACAUGUGAGUACCCAUUCCACUUACAUGGGAAAGACUUACGGGACAUCAAGCGCAGUGAGCUCUGUCCGUUGCUUUCCGAUGCAGAGAUUGAGGCCAAGCUGGGAAUUCCCCGCAUCCCAUUCAGCAAUGAAAACACAUGGCCCACUAAACCUUCCUCCAUGCUUUCCUCCUUUCACAACACAGCAUCUUCUGUGGAAUACAAGGAAAGAGUUGUCAAGCCUACUAAGCGACCUCGGCCCACAAAGAACCCCCCAACCCCUCGUAGCAUUUAUCCAGGCAUCAACCAGGCUCCCGUUGCUGGCUACCAAACAAGACCUCCUAUCCCAAUAGUUUGUCCAGCUGGAUGUAUUUGCAACCUUCACAUCAAUGACCUGGGGCUAACAGUGAACUGCAAAGAGAAAGGCUUUCACAACAUCUCCGAGCUCCUGCCACGACCUCUCAAUGCCAAGAAAUUGUAUCUCAGUGGAAACCUCAUACAGAAAAUCUACCGUUCUGAUUUCUGGAACUUCUCAAGCUUGGAUUUACUGCAUUUAGGGAACAAUCGGAUAUCCUAUGUCCAGGAAGGCGCCUUCAUUAACCUGCCAAACUUAAAAAGUUUAUAUCUCAAUGGGAAUGACAUUGAGAUACUUACACCUGGGAUGUUUAGGGGGCUUCAAAUGUUGAGUUAUCUUUACUUUGAGUAUAAUGUCAUACGUGAGAUACAACCUAACUCUUUCUCCCUAAUGCCAAAUCUCCAGCUGGUUUUCCUCAAUGACAACCUGUUGCGCUCCCUCCCCACUGGUGCCUUUGCUGGCACCAACCUUGCACGCCUCAACCUUCGCAACAACUACUUCCUUUCUCUGCCUGUGCAUGGAGCCCUGGAGCAUCUGACCUCCAUCGUCCAGAUUGAUCUCCAUCAGAAUCCCUGGGACUGCUCCUGUGAUAUUAUCCCUCUCAAACAGUGGCUGGAAAAGCUCUCCUCUGUCAUUGUGGUUGGGGAUGUCAUCUGCAAGACACCAGAGUUUGCUUUUGGGAAGGACCUGCGUUCACUGGACGUUGAAGUCAUCUGUCCUGAACUUAAAUAUUCCUCAGGGCCCUCGCCGGCCCUGCCUGGUGGGGAUGACAUCACCACAGGGACCCCGGACAUGGGGGAGGCAAGGGGGAGAGGGGCUGUCCCACUGUCUGUCCUCAUCCUCAGCCUACUCAUUUUCUUCAUUUCUGCUGUGUUUGUGGCUGCUGGGCUUUUUGCCUAUGUUCUCCGCCGCAGAAAGAAGCUGCCCUUCCGGAAGCGCUCUGAGGGGGAUCUGACAGGGAUCCAGAUGCACUGCAGGAUGUAUGAGGACCCACCAAGGCAGAGUAGUACUGGUAACACAGGCACACCAGAGAAAUCAACACCCAGUAUGCACACACACACUCACACCGGUCACACACAUGCCCACGGUCAUGUUUAUGACUAUAUCCCCCACCCUGUGACUCAGAUGUGUAAUAACCCCAUCUAUAAGCCAAGGGAGGGGGAGAUAGCAGAGGAAGAGAGAGGGCAGUUUUCAGAAAUGAAAGACAGUGGCAGCAGUAACAACAGUAACUACAGAACCUUGUUAGAGAAAGAGAGAGAGUGGGCCCUGGCCGUCUCCAACUCUCAACUCAACACCAUUGUCACAGUCAACCACUCCACAGCUGAUAUGGCGGGAUUUCACGAGAAUGGCGGGCUCUGCCCCACAGUGAUUGACAGUCAGAUGCCCACACCAACUGUGGGCUUUGUAGACUGUCUGUAUGGGACAGUACCCAAACUAAAGGACAUGCAUGUGGCGCAUGCGCAUCCACCAGGCAUGCAGUACCCAGAUUUGCAGCAGGAUGCACAGCUGAAGGAGACAUUGCUUUACACGGCGGGGAAAGGCUGUUACCCCGACCCGUCCCAAAGCGAUUACCCUGAGUCAAGGUCCAAACUUCAAACCAAGCCGGAUUACCUCGAAGUAUUGCAAAAAUCUUACCGGUUUUAA